AGGACUCACACAGGGGAGAACCAUAUGAGUGUCUGGAUUGUGGGGAAAAGAUUCAGGUCAGAAUUCCAAUCUGGUGAGCCACCAUAGGACUCACACUGGGCAGAAACCGUAUGAAUGCCCAGAUUGUGGGAAAGUUUCAGUCAUUAUUCCGGCCUGAUAAAACACCAGCGAACUCACACAGGAGAGAAACCAUAUGAGUGUCUGGAUUGUGGGAAAAGAUUUAGUCAGAAUUCCCUUCUGUUGAGCCACCAUAGGACUCACACUGGGGAGAAACCAUAUGAAUGCCCAGAUUGUGGGAAAAGUUUCAGUCACAAUUCCGAUCUGGUGGUACAUCAGAGGACACACACAGGAGAGAAACCAUAUGAGUGUACAGACUGUGGCAAAGGUUUCAGUCGCAGUUCCAGCCUGGUGAUACACAAGAGGACUCACACUGCGGAGAAACCAUACAAGUGUCCAGACUGUGGGAAAAGUUUCAGUGAGAAUUCCAAGCUGGUAUUACACCGGAGGUCUCACGCAGGGGAAAAACCAUAUGAGUGCCUGGAUUGCGGGAAAAACUUCACUUGGAAUUCUGAGUUGGUUAUACAUCGAAGGAUUCACACAGGAGAGAAACCGUAUGAAUGUCCUUAUUGUGGGAAAAAUUUCUGUCGGAAUUCAGACCUGGUGAUACACCAGAGGACUCACACAGGAGAGAAACCAUAUGAGUGUCUGGAUUGUGGGAAAAGAUUUAGUCAGAAUUCCCAUCUGGUGAGCCACCAUAGGAUUCACACCGGGGAGAAACCAUAUGAGUGUCUGGAUUGUGGGAAAAGAUUCAGUCAGAAUUCCCAUCUGGUGAUACACCAGAGGACUCAUACAGGGGAGAAACCAUAUGAGUGUCCCGAUUGUGGGAAAGGUUUUAGUACUAGAUUCAGUAGGAAUUCCAAUCUGGUGAGCCACCAGCGGACUCACACUGGGGAGAAACCAUAUGAGUGCCCGGAUUGUGGGAAAAGUUACAGUUACAAUUCCCAUCUGGUGAGACACCAGAGGACUCACACAGGGGAAAAACCAUAUGAGUGCCCGGAUUGCAGGAAAUGUUACCGUCGGAAUUCUCACCUGGUGAGACACCAGAGGACUCACACGGGGGAAAAACCAUAUGAGUGUCUGAAUUGUGGGAAAAGAUUCAGUCGUUAUUACAACCUGGUGCUACACCAUAGGAUUCACACAGGAGAGAAACCAUAUGAGUGUCUGGAUUGUGGGGAAAAAUUCAGUCGAAAUUCCAAUCUUGUGAUACAUCAGAGGAUUCACACUGGGGAGAUACCGUAUGAGUGUCCAGAUUGUGGGAAAGGUUUUAGUACUAGGUCUAAACUUAUCAAUCAUGUAGGUUUACACAUUGGGGAGAAACCUUUCAAAUGUCCAGAGUGUGGACGGUGCUUCACAGAAAAUUCCUCCCUUACUGCACACAAAAAAUCCACGUGAAGCAGACGGUGAUGACUGUAGGGAAGGCUUGAAUUUCAAUAUGGCUGAGAAGUUAACUCUUUAAUUUCUGGCCUUGUUCAGUUAGUCAAAUGUGCUUCAGCAGUGGUCCCCAACCUUUUUAUCGCCGCGGACCAGUCAGCCUUUGAUAAUUUUACCGUGGCCCGCUGAGC